UUAUUAAAGGCACAUACCACUCAACUUCCUCGUCUGAUUUAGCGACAACUAGGAAAGAAGAAAACGCAUGAUGACAUGAAAAGGUGAAACAUUUCAGGACAAACAGAUCAGCUGAUCUGUGGUCUGAUUGUUGCAGAGCUGUAGAGGGACUGCUGGUCUUUGCAGACUCUAAGACAUAUCUUUUUGCAUACGGGAUUGACUUCUUUUUUGUUAAAAAAAUAAACUUGUGGUGGCUGUAAGAAAAAGAUGAUAAAAGAAGUAGAGUUCUCCCCAAAUAUUGUACUUAUCUUGGAAAAUGUCUGUAACUAUAAUCAUGUCUAACCCUGAAGCAGGAAACUGCUGUAAGAGGCGGAGCAACACUGCAGAGCUUCCACGUCACAUUCAUUAAAUGAAACUUAAACGAAACUUAAUGUUUGUUAGAGCUGCAGUAGAGACACGUCUGUGUUUGUGUCUGAAGAAAUAUUAAACGGAGUUCGUCAGGACUUUCUCAACUACUGACUCAAAUACUGCAUGUAGAUAUGUCUGCUGUCAGCUGUCUGCUCUCUGAAGAUCAGUUUCGGUGCUCCAUCUGUCUGGAUGUGUUCACUCAUCCAGUCAGUACACCAUGUGGACACAACUUCUGCAAAAACUGCAUCACUCAGAACUGGAAUAUUAAUUACAGUUGCCUGUGUCCCAUAUGUAAACAUGCUUUUACUACAAGACCUGAUUUGAAAGUCAACAAGUUGUUCUCUGAGAUGGUUGCUCAGUUCAGACAGUCAGCUCAAAAGAAAGCCAACAGCAGAGGGUUGGAGCAAAAAGUGUUCAAACCAGGAGAAGUUCCCUGUGAUGUCUGCCCUGGAACCAGACUGAAGGCUCUGAAGUCCUGUCUGGUGUGUCUGACCUCCUACUGUGAGACUCACCUGGAGCCUCAUCUGACAAUGUCAGGCCUGAAAAGACAUCAGCUGAUCGACCCUGUGGAGAAUCUGGAAGACAGGAUAUGUGCAAAGCACGAUAAACCCCUGGAUCUGUUCUGUAAGACCGACCGGAUAUUUGUUUGCAUGCUUUGCUCUGCUUUAGACCACAAGAUGCAUGAUGUUGUUCUUCUGAAAGAAGAAUAUGAAGACAAGAAGGUUAAGCUGGGGAAGACAGAGACUACAAUUAAGGAGAUGAUCCUGAAGAGACGACUGAAGAUUCAGGAGAUGAAACAGUCAGCAAAGCGUAGUGAGGAAAAUGCGCACAUGGAGCUAGCAGAAGGUGUUCGGGUCUUCACUUCUUUGAAGGAGUCUGUUGAGAGAGGCCUGAUUGAGCUCAUCAAAACUAUAGAAGAGAAGCAGAGAACGACAAAGAAACAGGCAGAAGCUUUCAUCAAAGAGCUGGAAAAGGAGAUAUCUGAUCUGAAGAAGAGAAACACUGAGGUGGAGCAGGUCUCACGCUCUGAAGACCAACUCCAUCUUCUCCGAAGAUUCCCGUCCCUGAAGGCUCCCCCACCCACCAAGGACUGGACAGGGGUCAAAGUCCAUCCACCUGUAUAUGAGGGGUCUGCAGUGAGAGCUGUGGUUCAGCUGGAGGAGACACUCAGUCAAGAGAUGAAGAAGCUGUUUGGUGAGGCUGAACUGAAGGGGGUCCAGAAGUAUGCAGUAGAUGUGACUCUUGAUCCUGAUUCAGCACAUCCUGAACUCAUCCUGUCUCAUGAUCAGAAAUGUGUGUGUCAUAGUGAUGUGAAGAAGAAUCUCCCAGACAACCCAAAGAGAUUUUCUCAUUAUAAUUUUGUUUUAGGAAAGCAGAGUUUCUCUUCAGGCAGAUUUUACUUUGAGGUUCAGGUUAAAGGGAAGCCUAAAUGGAACUUAGGUGUGGCCAGAGAGUCGAUCAACAGGAAGGGACUCAUCACAAUGACACCUAAAGAGGGUUACUGGUCAAUAUGGUUGAGAAAUGGAAAUGAGUACAAAGCUCUUGAUGCCCCGUCAGUCCGUCUCUCUCUGAAGUCUCAGCUUCAGAAGGUGGGGGUGUUUGUGGAUUAUGAGGAGGGUCUGGUCUCCUUUUAUGACAUAGAUGCGACAGCUCUCAUCUACUCCUUCACUGGCUGCUCCUUCACUGAGAAACUCUUCCCAUUCUUCAGUCCCUGUACGAAUGAUGGUGGUAAUAAUGCCACCCAUCUGAUCAUCACUCCUGUCAAAAAAACGGGCUGAUCUUUUUUAUGAUGAAGCAUUGCCGACAAUAUGUAUACUUAAAAUGUAAAUAUACCAGACAAAGUUUUCAUACCAGAAUGAAGACAAAGCAGUCAGUACUAGGAUGCCAAUGAAUUAGAGACAUAAUAACAAACUAAACAUGCUCAUCAAUUAUUAAAAGAAAAUAUGUAUUGUCAUUUAUGGUAAGAAAGGUACAUAUUCAGUGGUAAUGCACGGUGUAAACUUGUUUUUAUUAAUACGAUUUGUCAUCCUUUAUCCUUUGUGUUAUGAGCAUGAUUAGUACACUCAGAGUGUCAUACAUUACAUUACAUUACAUACAGGGUUAGAAGAUGAACUGUAAGAGUUCAAAGUCUUCAAAAGAAAAUAUAUUUGUUUAGUGGUUUCUGUUAUGCUCAACAAUGUAAUGAUAAUUAACAUUGAUUUUACUGUGUACAUUACUGGACUGGGGAUGCAAUUGUACUGAUAUACAGUUAUUUUAGUUUGCCUUUAAGAUCUUACUUAUUUGGUGAGUACGUUGUAGAGAGAAGUGGAUAAGGGUGCAACUCACAUUCAUGCGUUUAUUCUUUACGUUGUUGUGACGGCAUGAUCCGUCGAUGAGUGUUAAGGUGCACAGGCACUCCAAAAAUAGGCACAAAAAAUUAAGAAAAUACUGAGAAAAACAAAAAGGCUAGUACAGCCUAAGGAGAGGUUUUACCCCCGAUAAGAUAUAAGUGCCGACUAUAUUUAUAUUAAAAAAUAUAUAUAUAUUUAUGGUCAGGAUAACAUAUGGAUGAAGUAUUUGUCAUUACAUAGAAUGAACUUAAAUAACCAAUAGGUUAUCUUAAAGUUAAAUAUGUUAUCUUUUAUCAUUUCUUUGCUUGCUGAAGUACUGAUAUAUAGUAGUACUUGUGUUAAAGUUAAAUUAGAGUACUGGAAUCUUUAGUACUCAUAGUCGCCUCAUUAUAAUCCUUUUGCUUCCAUUAAUUGGAACUGUGUGUGUGUGUGUGUGUGUGUGUGUGUGUGUGUGUGUGUGUGUGUGUGGGUGUGUGGGUGUGUGAAGGGAGGUACACGUUAAUUUGAACAACUCCUAAAAUAAGAUAAAUAUUUUUAUCUGUAAUAAUUGUGAUUAUAUGUUUUAUGCAUGGUAAUGCCAUGGGUUAAGUUCUUCUUCUUUUUAUGAAUUUACAAAAAGGUCAUGCCAUAUGAAUAGUGACGUGACAGACAUAAGAUAUCACGAUGCUUAAACUAUAGCGAGACAUGAAACUCUGAUGGGGUAAUUACAUUUUAAUGAACUAACUAAGAGCUUCUAGAGAUCGAUGAAGUUACAGAAUUGUUAACGAGUUUUGAUCGUUGGAAAUAACCAGUUGCAUUUUCAAGAGAAAUGAAAACGGAAACUUAAUACUUUAGCCGCUGGAGCUAGAAUAGAGAAAAACCAAAUUGACCUUUCAUGAACCUGAACUGAAUACCGGGACUUCCAAUAACCAAACACUUGGAGUAAGUCACUUGAUUCUUUGUAAUACAUUUUGAUAAUCUUAAACGUAUAGAAAAUAAAAGCGUUGUGAAAACUUAA